AUGAAGGCGGGUUUCGUUGUUGGCGCUCUCGCCGCCUCCGCUGCUGCUCACACUUAUCCAAACUGCGAGCAUGACAACUGCUACCGUGCUCUGAUCAAGGACGGUCUCCAGGACAAGGCCAAGGCCUUCUGCUUCGACUGGCUUGCUGGUACUACUACUGCUGCCUCUGCCAUUCCCACCGACUUCAGCAACUGCAACGUGCAGGCCGCCAGCUCUGCUUGCUCUUGCGUCACUUACACAGCUACUCACACAACUGGCCCUACUACCACUACUCCUCCUCCCGUCACCACUACGACCAGCGAGAAGCCUCCUACGACCACUCCCGCGACUAGCGAGCAGCCUCCUACCACUACUCCCACGACCAGCAAGACUGAGCAGCCUUCAACAGCGACUCCUACCACUCAGGGUCCUCCUACGGCUACUGCCACGACCGAGAAGCCUCAUACCACCAGCCAGAGCACCACCAAGUGGACUACUUCCACCAUCUGCACCACCAAGACUCACACUAUCACCUCAUGCCCCCCCGAGGUGACCGAGUGUCCCGGCGGUGGGCACACCACAGUCGUAACUGAGACCAUCCCCAUCUCUACGACGGUCUGCCCUGUCACCGAGACUGAGGCUCCUCCUACAACCACUGCUACCACCAAGUGGACUACUUCCACCAUCUACACCACCCAGACUAAUACUAUCACCUCAUGUCCUCCCGAGGUGACCAAGUGUCCCGGCGGUGGUCACACUACAGUCGUAACUGAGACCAUUCCCAUCUCUACCACGGUCUGUCCUGUCACUGAGACUGAGGCUCCUCCUACAACCACUGCUACCACCAAGUGGACUACUUCCACCAUCUACACCACCCAGACUAAUACUAUCACCUCAUGCCCUCCUGAGGUGACCGAGUGUCCCGGCGGUGGGCGGACUACAGUCGUAACUGAGACCAUUCCCAUCUCUACCACGGUCUGCCCUGUCACUGAGACUCACGCUCCUCCUCCUGCUGGCAACCAGACGUCUACUCUCUACACCACCCAGACCUAUACCAUCACCUCUUGCCCUCCUUCUGUGCCCAGCUGCCCCGUUGGCAAGGUCACAACCACUGUCUACCCUACUGGCACAACCACCAUCAAGGGCUGGACCUCUAUCCCCGCUGUUCCUACUCAUCCUACUGGAGUCCCCCCUGUUCCCACUCAGGCUACUCAGCCCACUGGCGCUCGUCCUUCCAAGACCACUCCGUCCUCCCCUCCCGUUGUCACUGCCGCCGCGGGUCACCUUGUUGGAAGCCUCGAGCUCGUUGUCGCCGCUGCAGGUGUUGCCGCUCUCUUCCUGUAA